AUGGCGACCAACGAUGGGAAGAGCUUCCCUCCGAGGAAAUGGUACAGAAGAGUCCCUCUUCUAUCCACAACGCCAAUACAGCAGCGUCUCACUGCUCCCAAAUCUUCACCAUCACCAGCAAAUAUUGAAGAUCAGAACAAUGCACAAGACAAACUUCCUCUUCCUGAAACACAAGCCAAUUGGCUGUCAAUUUUGACAUUCAAUUGGCUAGGUCGUCUUUUACGGACAGGCUAUACUCGACCUCUCCAAACAGACGAUUUGUAUGAUAUGCCAAACCAUAGAUUGGUAGAAGAUCAUGCGAAUCGCCUAGAAGAGGCCUGGGCUACGAGACUUGCCACAAACCAUGGUAAAAAGCCAGCGAAAUGGCGACCUUUCUGGGCAAGAAAAACAACCGAUACCACUGUCUUGACAUUAGCGCUCAACGAUGUCUGCUUCAAGUGGUUCUGGCUAGGAGGCAUCUUCAAGCUGGCCGGUGAUCUAUCUCAGAUUCUCUCACCACUUCUUAUUCGCUUCCUCAUCGGCACUUUAUCAGACCCUUCGCAACAAGCCCUUCGCUCAGGCUUUGGCUACGCAGUCGGACUUUUUCUACUCUUGGUCUUCUCAGUCACAUCCAACGUCCAUGGCUUCUACCGAUCUUACACCACUGGUGUUCUUUUACGAGGUGCUCUUAUGCAUGUUAUUUAUCGCCGAGCAACAACACAGCUCAGCGAACGCGCAAAGCUCAAACAUGGACUCGGAACGGGUAAGCUGAUGAGUCUCAUCAGUGCUGAUGUCACACGUGUGGAUUUUUGUUGUGGCUAUUUUCAUGUUGCUUGGACGAGUAUCUUUCAGAUGCUACUUUGUCUCGCUUUGACGAUCUGGACUAUGGGAUAUAGUGCUUUACCAGGUUUUGGAUUGCUCGCUCUGCUGUAUCCCCUCCAGUCAUUCAUGAUGCGCAAACUUCUUCUUCUUCGCAGGGGAAGUAUGCCUUUCACGGACGCACGCGUUAAGGCUGUGGUGGAAGCAGUCGCUGCGAUUCGUCUAGUCAAGACAAACGCCUACGAGGAGAGUCUACUGUCCAAGAUUGGCAAGCUGAGAUCUGAUGAAGUGGUUUAUAUCCGUAAGAGAAUGCUUCUCAGAGCCUUCAACACUGCCAUUUCAUAUACUGCACCCACAUUAGCUUCUGUUGUGGCCAUUGUCUGUUAUGGUGCAACCGCUGAGAAUGGUAUGGAUGCCGGUGUCGUGUUCUCCGGACUUGCAUAUUUCAUGCUACUGAGAACACCACUUAUGGCUCUUCCUACUGCUCUCUCUGCUGUGGCUGAUGCCAGAGCUGCCCUUGAGCGUUUGGCUAUGUUCAUGCUUGCGUCUGAUGUAUCGCAAAGCGAGAAGCCGGAUCCUGAGUCAGAUAUUGGGUAUCCCUCUGAUUCUGAGCCUGAUACCGUUAUUCGCGUUGAAGACGCUACCUUUGCCUAUCACGACGAUGAGCAGCUCUUGGCCGAGAACGAGGAGAAGCAAAGCGCCUCCACCAGCCAACGCUUAUGCUUGGACUCAUUCCAUGUCAAGCGCAAUCAACUAGUCGGCAUCGUCGGAGCAGUGGCAUCAGGAAAAUCAUCCGUCCUGAAAGCCCUUCUCGGCGAUCUUCAUCUCGUACAAGCAAGAUCCUUCCACCUCGGUCUCUCCAAAUCUUCGUCCCAAAUCGCCUUCGCACCCCAAAGCGCAUGGCUUCUCAGUGAGACCGUCCGCGAGAACAUCGUCUUUGGUAGACCCUUCGAUCACGCAUGGUACAACGAAGUCCUCACAAGAUGUUGUCUCCAUCCUGAUAUGAAGGCUCUUCCCGAUGGUGACAUGACAGUGGUCGGUGAGAACGGUGUUUCAUUAUCUGGUGGCCAGAAGCAACGUAUAAGUCUUGCUAGAGCCAUCUACGGUCGAAGCUCACUUUUGUUUCUUGAUGACUGUUUCUCUGCUUUGGAUGCUCAUGUCGGUGCUCGUGUGUUCGACAUGGUAGUUAACCAGGCUCGGAGAAAUGGUGAAGGGACGAUCGUGCUGGUUACGCAUUCUAUUCGAUUUGCUAGACAGGCUGAUCAGAUCGUGUACAUGGAGAAGGGCCGGGUCGUGGAGCAGGGUUCUUAUGAACAGCUUCAAAGUCAAAACGGUGCUUUUACUGCGUUUGCUGGAUCUACGCCAUUGCUCGAAGACUCUGAUUUCGAGACGGCCAGCAGCAGUGGCUCCGAACAAGCUAUCGAUGAGCCUACCGAGAAGGAGUCUUCUAAGUCAGAAACUGAGAAGAAGCCAUCAGAGACCCGUGGAAAGGAAGUCAUGCAGUCAGAGGAACGAGUCGUCGGCUCCGUCAGCGGCAGAACCUACAUUCGUUACGCCCAGUUCGGCAACGCAUUCCUCACUGUCCCUCUCCUGAUACUGUCCAUCGCUAUCUACCAAGGAACCAGCAUCGUCUCACCACUCUGGCUAAGCUGGUGGCAGAAAACUCAGUACAUAUCUAUCUCCGAGGACGCAUACAUGGGUGGCUACGCAGCUUUCGGAGCAGGUCAAUCGAUCGGUCUGUUCUGUAUGAGCGCUACCUUUGCCCUGUUCUGCUUCUGGUGUUCGAACAAGCUUCAUCAGGCUAGUCUGUCCAAGGUUUUGCUUGCGCCGGUGACCUUCUUCGAUACGACUCCUCAAGGACGAAUCACACAUCGGUUCAGUAAGGAUGUUGAUGCUGUUGAUAACGUGGUCGGCGAGACGUUGCGACUCUUCAUCUCUACGUUUGUCCAGGUCUUGGGUACGAUUAUCGUCGUGAGCAUCGUCGUUCCAGCAUUCUUAGCCAUUGCUUUUGCUUUACUGCUUGUCUACACGUGGACGGGAAUGUACUACCGGCCUUCAUCGCGAGAACUUCGUCGACUGAACAAUCUUCUUCGAAGUCGCAUUUAUGAGCACUUCGGCGAGUCUCUAUCAGGUCUUCCCACUCUCAAGGCUUUUGGUGCAGUUCCUCGUUUCGUUGACGACAACGCGCGAAAGAUCGAUACAGAAAACACGGCGUAUUGGCUCUCCGUUGCUUGCCAACGUUGGCUCAACCUCCGUCUUGAUCUCUGUGGUGCAACCCUCGUCCUGGCAGCAGGGCUUCUCGUCGUCGGUCUCCGCGGCACCAUUGACCCAUCUUCUGGUGGUGUAGUCUUAUCAUACAUCGUUACAGCGCAGGCAGUCUUUGGAAACAUGAUUCGCCAGAGCGCUGAGAUUGAGAAUAACAUGAAUUCGGUGGAGAGAAUGCUGCAUUAUGCCUAUAAUAUUGAGCAAGAGCCUGAACAUCGGGUUGACAAGCUGGAUGAGGAGUUGGAGAGGCAGCAGUGGCCGACUGCCGGGCGUGUUGAGUUCCAGGAGUUUACCCUCAGUCACCGACCUGGCUUGGAGCCGGCCUUGAAGGAAAUUAAUCUGGAUAUCAAGGCUGGUGAGAAGGUGGGAGUUGUCGGCCGUACUGGUGCUGGCAAGACAACCCUGAUAUCUGCUCUCCUACGAAUUGCCGAGCCUACCACCGGACGAAUUCUCAUCGACGGCGUCGACAUCCACAAGAUCGGCCUCCAUCUGCUUCGAUCCAACCUAUCAGUCAUCAGUCAAGACGCUGUCCUCUUGGCCGGCACGAUCCGCUACAACCUCGAUCCCUUCCAGCAAUACGAUGACGAGUGGCUCCAACAAUGCUUGAACCGCGUUGGUUUGACCUCCGAACAUUACAAGGUUGCCGAGAAACAAGACUCUGACUCCAGUGACGGACCAAGUCUGAACCUGGACUCUGAAGUCAAGGAGAACGGCUCCAAUAUCUCUCAAGGGCAACGCUCCUUAAUUUCCAUCGCUCGUGCUCUCGUGCGUCACUCAAGAAUCGUCAUUCUCGACGAGGCGACGGCUUCAAUUGACGGCAGAGCCGAUGCGAAGUUACAAGCGAUGCUGAACGAGGUUAUGGGUAACGCAACUGUCCUUACAGUGGCCCACCGACUUGAUACUAUUGUUGCUACGUGCGACAAGGUUAUCGUCAUGGAUGCUGGACGCGUAGUCGAGUUUUCUACUGUCUCGGAGCUAUAUGCCAAGUCGGAUAGUGUGUUUAGAUCUUUGUGUGAUGCCGCAAAGAUUUCUAUAUGA